CAAAUCGCGGCUUUUAUGAAUUCCCGGAAAACGAAAUCUGUCCGAUGUAUUGCGAAAUAUUCWCGAGCCUCGCAAAAAUACACUAAGCUACGACGAAGUGCUGAGCAAAGGAAGAGUGUGAAAAGUACUGCAUUGUGUUUUGCAAUCGAAAUCUUCGUUACUUGUUUGUUGUUCAUUAUGGGAGACAACAAUGUGUUAUCAUACAAGCCAUUCAAGCAAAGGAAAAGUUUUGUAAGCAGAAGAGACGAAGUAGCCGGUAUCAGAGCGAAAUUCCCGUCGAAAGUCCCAGUUAUCGUCGAAAGAUACCAUAAAGAGAGAGAUCUACCCUUACUUGAUAAAACAAAAUUCCUAGUGCCCCAGGAGCUCACAAUGAGUCAGUUUGUAACGAUAAUUCGAAAUCGCAUGUCGCUAUCAUCAACCCAAGCAUUUUACCUUAUAGUAAAUAACAAAAGCUUAGCAAGUAUGUCAAUGACUAUGGCAGAGUUAUACAGAGAAGAAAAAGAUGAAGAUGGUUUUUUAUACAUGGUGUAUGCAUCUCAAGAGAUGUUUGGUUGCAAUAGCUGAAAUUCCCUUAAAUCAAUAUUGUAUUUAUAUGAUAUGAAUUCAUGGCAAUACUGAUAUCAACAGAUUCUAAUAUUGRCAACCAAACUGACAUGGAGGAAGUUGAAUGCGAUAUGUAUUACUCUACUGAACAAUGUAGAUUAUUUACAAAUCAAUGUGCACAAAACGUUGUAGCUAGUAUCCCUCACAGUGUUUGCCAGUGUCAUAUUCAGCUUUCUCAGACUGAAAGUGCAUCAUUACACUUAUGUUGAAUAUGAGUGASAUCAGAAAAUAGGUGCACAAUCAUAGAAGGAACUAUAUGCCACCUUAAUGACUAGUAUUAUAAGUUACAUGUAUAGUUGUUCAUUCAUAAAGAAGUUGUCCUGUUAUAUGUAACUUUUCCACAAUUUGUUUUAUAACUGCUAUAACUACAUUAACUACAUGAUAAUUUCAAAGUAUUUUAUUUUAAGGCAUUAUUAUAUGUCCUCAAAUUUUAGUUAUAUGGCAUAUAUUCUUUUGUGUUUCAAUUUCUUAGUAAUGCUGAAAUGAUGCUUUAGAUGUAGUGGUCUCUACUUGAAAUCAGUUAGAGCUUCCAGGCAACAUAAUUUUAUGAAAUUUCAGUAUUGUGAUGAGUGAUGUGAAAUGGUGAGACUUUUAAAUCACAACUGCAAGGAAAAAAGUGUGUUCACUUGACUGAUAUAAUAUUUUAAGUCUAAACCCAAGCUUUCUUGGUAAUACAGUGAAACCCAACGUUGUAAUGAAAAGACACUAAAACAAACAGAACAUUACUUUUGUGAUAUAUAUGGAAAUGUAGAGGUCAUCUCAAUUGAAUAAAAGCAUAAACRAG